AUGCUGCUGAAUUACCAUACCCAUACCUCCUUACCCUUCCGUAAGCGGAGCCUGGCUUGGACUGUACUGUACCAUACCAUACGUCUCGCUUGCGAUCGUGUCACGUUGUUGAUUCGGAAAAGCAUUGACUGUAUUAACCUGGACUUCACCAGUGCUGUGACAAGGCUAGAACAGAAACUCGACGGGGUCGCCAGCCUCCUCGCCGCGGCGCAGCGUGACUCGGCGCGAGACUCGGCGCGAGAAGUAGGAAGAAAAGACCAGGACAGUGCCGGGUCAUGGUCGGAGCCUGCCGAGGCCGAGGCUGGGGAGCGAGCAAUUCAGUCUCCGACGCUUUGUCUGCAACGACACUUCAAGGACGACGGCGAAGCAGAAUUGAUUCUGGACGUUUUCCGAACCGACAUGGCCUUGCAUUUUCCGUUCGUCGUGAUCCCGCCCACUACGGGGCUGGACGAGCUGCGACAGAAGAGACCGUUCGUGCUCAUGAAUGCGCUCAUGGUGGCAUGUCGACAUGACAGGACACGACAGGCCGCGCUGGCAAAGACCUUCAGGGACCUCCUGAGCCAACGAGUCCUGCUCCCGCUGUCGGUGUCGGGCGAACUCGGCUUCGACCUUUUCCAAGGCCUGUUGCUUUACCUCUCGUGGUACCAUUUAAAUCUGCAAGUCGGCCCGCACCUGACCAGCCUGGUCCACCUGGCAAUGGCCAUGUUGACCGACUUGGGCUUGAACAGGCCCGGCCUGACUGCGCCGAGGAGCCUGUCGAACCGGAUAGGCCCAUAUCUGGUGGCUUAUGACCGGCCGGCUUCUGCUGCCGCCGCGGCCACGCUUGAUGAAAGAAGAGCGUUCCUCGGUUGCUUCUGCCUCACCUUCAUAGUGUCCAUGUGUGCCCGUGACAUCGUGCCUCUUCGAUACACCAAAUAUGCCGACGAGUGCUGUCACCUCAUCUCUGAGGCGGCCGAGUAUGAGACGGAUCUAUACCUCGUCCGGCUCACACAGCAAUGCCGUCUCGGCGAUCGGAUGAGUCGGACGCUCAGCCCCGACGAAUGUGAAUGGGAGUCAGGGUCGGACUUUUCCUUUUCUGCUCCCAUCGGGGCCUGUGUGAAAAUGUUCGAGGCAGAGCUGCAGCGGCUUAAAGCAUCAACUUUGCAGGAUCUUUCCGCGGGUGAGAGCGAGGGUGCCCGGUCCCAGUCCCAGGGCCAGGCCCCGUGCCCACCGACAACCACCAGUCUGUUGACGAUAUUUCACCACGGCAUGGAGAUGUUUUUGUACGAGACUGCUCUCGACGACAGCAUCCAUCCGGCGCGGUAUGGCAUGUUCCCGCUGACGCGGCUCGACAUGCUAUUUGCCUGCUUGACCGCCACCAAGUCGUGCCUGGAGGCUUUCUUGAAUCUCCCCGCGCCGGUCUGGUUCGACAUGUCGUACCUGCUGUGGGGAGUGGUCGGGCACGCAUUCGUCGUCAUGUCGAAGCUGAGUCUCUUUGUUGGUGAAGGCUGGGACCAGGACUACGCCCGCACCGUGCUGCACUUCCCUACCAUGGUUGAUACCGUCGCUGCCAAGGUGAGCGCGGCCGAGGCCGAGGCUGAGGCUGAGGCUGAGGCUGCAGCCGAACUGUCGCGGGCCUUAGGAUUCCAGGAGCACGAGGCUGGUGUGUCACGGCCCUUCCAGGAGCACAACGCUGGUGUAGAUCCAGCUGCAGCUCGAGUCGUUCUCCCACGCGCUGUGCCUAAGAUCUUUGCCUCCGUCCCUCCCAAGGCGCAACGUAUGAAGGAGGUGUAUGAGAUGAGACGGUCGCGCCAGGCCUGCGCCGACAACUCUCCUCCAAGCCUUGGCCCGCCGAAGCCCAGGACGAGGACGAGCACCGAGGAAUCUUCAUCAUCAUUUCCAGCCGCCCCUAGUGACGAGCACUUCAUUCCUGGCUUGACUGGCCUGUUUGACUUUUUGGAUGAAGACUUUUGGCAGCAGCAGUUCACUUGA